GCCUAAACCUGAAGUUUAUCACAAGUGUUUUUUUUCGUGAGAGGAACUCGUCUGAGGGGAGGAUGGCAGUGGUAGGCGUGUGGUUUCACAGCUUUAGAACGGACAGAGAGCCCAGCACUUCCUGCCUCGCUGCCUCCUCUCUCAGCUCUCACUUCAGACGCUUUAGACAUCUCUCUCUGACAUCUGAGAGGAAGAGCAACAGCAGUCCCUCCAUCUUCUCUGCAGCCCACCCGGCAAGAUGAUGCGGGGAUCUCUCUUCGUCCUCCUUCUGAUGAUAAACGUCACCGACGCCUUGGGCAUGAACGACGUGAACUUGUGCUACGUCCUGGAUGGGAUUCUCAUCUUCUACGGCAUCAUUCUCACCGUCUUGUACUGCCGGCUGAGGAUGCAUCCAUUCCAGGUUCAUCACGUCGCCCGCCCUGAGAAGCAGCCCUAUGAGGGAGGCAUCUAUGCGGUGAGACUUUUCAUUCUUAUGCUUAAAAAGACAUUAAAAAUGGCACAUGAUGGAAAAGUGAGAGCUUACGGCACAGCAGACGGGCCUGACACCCCAUAGUGUGGACACCUACGAGACCAUCAACAUACAGAAAAAGUCUAUUGUGUGAUGAAAGAAGAUCCGGUUCAAAGAGGAUGCUAAGCAUGAAAAACCACAACGCCCUUUCUU